UUGGCAUAAAAAUGGGUUCUCUCAGCACAGCAAAUGUUGAAUUUUGCCUCGAUGUGUUCAAAGAGCUGAACACUAACAGUGUGGGAGAGAACAUUUUCUUUUCUCCACUGAAUCUGCUUUAUGCUCUCAGUAUGAUCCUCCUUGGUGCCAGAGGAAACAGCGCAGACCAAGUGCAAAAGGUGCUUCACUAUGACCACAUUGUACAGUCAUUCAAACAGGAGUUUAAGGACCCACGUCAGUGCAGCCAAAGUGGAAGGAUUCAUUCAGAACUUGGUGCCCUAUUGUCUCAAAUCAACCAGCCAGAUUCUAACUACACUCUCAGCAUUGCCACCAGACUCUACGGGACAAAGACAGUGCCCUUCCAGGAGCAAUAUUUAAGUUGUUCUGAGAAACUGUAUCAAGCCGGGUUGCAAACUGUUGAUUUUGAUCGGUCUACAGAAGAAACAAGGAAAACUAUCAAUGCUUGGGUUGAAAGAAAAACUAAUGGGAAAGUCACAAACCUUUUUGGGAAGGGCACAAUCGACCCUUCUUCUGUGAUGGUUCUGGUGAAUGCCAUAUAUUUCAAAGGACAAUGGCAAAAUAAGUUUCAGGAAAGUGAGACGGUUAAAACCCCUUUCCAGUUAAGCGAGGGUAAAAAUGUAAUUGUGGAAAUGAUGUAUCAAACUGGAACCUUUAAAUUGGCCUUCAUAAAGGAGCCGAAGAUGCAAGUUCUGGAGCUGCCCUAUGUUAACAAACAACUAAGCAUGAUAAUCCUGCUUCCAGUAGGCACAACUAAUCUAGAACAGGUAGAAAAACAGCUGACUGUGAGAACAUUUCACCAGUGGACCAGCUCUUCCAACAUGAUAGAAAGAGAGGUGGAAGUCCAUCUCCCCCGAUUCAAACUUGAAAUCAAGUAUGAGCUAAAUUCCCUGUUAAAAUCCCUGGGGAUGACAGAUGUCUUCAACCAGAACAAAGCUGAUCUUUCUGGAAUGUCGGCAGCCAAGGGUCUGUAUUUAUCGAAGGUCAUCCACAAGUCAUACUUGGACGUCAGUGAAGAGGGCACUGAGGCAGCAGCUGGCGCUGGGGAGAGCAUCGCUGUGAAAAGACUCCCCAUCCGGGAUCAGUUCCUGGCCAAUCACCCCUUCCUGUUCUUUAUAAGGCAUAGUCAUACCAACGCGAUUCUCUUCUGUGGCAAGCUUGCUUCUCCAUAA